UUCUUCCCUGUACAGUUACAAGAAAAAGAGGGCAACACAGGGGAGUUUCAGUCUGUGGCACAAAAGCUGUGAAACCUCCAGCUGAGCCUGUGGACUCAUUUAAAGAGCAGUUGAAAACUUCUCUGUUUAACCAGGCUUUUAUUAUUGCUUUAAAGCCUGUUUUUAUCCUAAUUUUAACACAUUUGUAUUGCUAUUAACUGUGUUUUAAUUUUUGAUUUUAUUUUAUUGAGAUUAUUUCUAGUUUUUACUUACAUUAAGAAAUGUUUUAAAGGGCUGCAGAGGAUAUAAAUAUUAUGGUCCUGGGUCUCUUACCCAGCGUUCUGUGUUUUUUGAGCUUUGAAGUUUUAUUUAGAUAUCUUUAGAUUGUUUCUUAACUUUACACUUCAUGUAAUAUUCCUAAGCUUUAUUCAGCUUUACGUUUAUUUAUCACCUUGUAUAUUAAACAGUAAAAUACUGGCAGCAGGCUGAAUAUUGUACUCAACACUAAAAAUCUUAGAAAUAUGGUAUCUAACCACAUAUUUUGUUUGCAUGGCAGUACUGUGGCCUCCAGUAAUAUUGUGAGGAAUCUUGGAGUCCUUUUUGACCAGGAUGUGUCCUCUAGUGUGCAUGUUUAUCACUUAUGUAUGGCUGCUUUCUUGCAUUUGCAUAGUAUCUCAAAAAUGACAAGGCCGACCCAAAAAACUUUCUAAAACUGGAAUAAAAACUAAAAUCUACAACUGUGUAAUUACAUUCAACUUUCAUUUAACAGGCGAGUGAAAAAAAAGGAUUUUCAUUUUUUUCCCAUAAACUCAGUGAGCUUUUACCCAGAAAACGCUGAUGUUUCUGCACAAAAAUUGUUAUACUGGUUCUUCUUUGCACAGUUCAGCUUUAGGCUGCAUUUCUUGAUAAAGCUGCGGAUUGUGAUAUUGUACAAUGACUUCUGAAGUACAUCUAAGGCCAUGAGGCUCUGUCAGUCACAAUAGCAUGAUGGUUUUGAAUGCAAUACCUCCUAAGGACUUAAAGGUCACACACAUUCAGCAGUGGUUUCCUUGCUUGACCUUUAUGCACAGUGAUUUCUCCCGUCUCCCUGAAUCUCUUCACGAUGUUAUAUACCAUAGAUCAAGGGCGUAGAUUUGGCAUGGACGGAAGGGACAUGUCCCCACCAAUAUCCAGCGAUUAUUGAAUUGUCCCCACCAAUAAUUUGAUUUCUUCGAGUAAAGAAAAACAAACCCGAUAGAAAGAAAAAAAACCAUCUGUCAAUGUCUCAUUCACCCAGCGGUGCAGAAAGAGUUAGAUUGACUAUGUGCACGUUAGCAUAUGCUACUUCCGGUGCGGAAACUCCUGUGAGGAGCUUUGUUUCCGGUGUCCUAUUCGCGCCCUGUUUACGGUCCAAAACAAGUUAAGCAAAUGAAUAAAUCAAGCGGCGACUUACAUUUCUAUAGAUGUCUUGGGCAUUUACCCAAUAUAUCUGUAAAUGAUGUUCAUCGACUUGUCGAUAUUUUUUCCCCCGCGCCUCAGAGCAAAAGAGAAAAGGGAUUCAAAUGUUAUAUUUCUCAGUAUCUAUAAACAGCGGUCCCUCGUUUAUUGCGGGUGUUAUGUUCUAAAAAUAACCAGCGAUAGGUGAAAUCAAGUAGCCAUUUUUAUUUUUUGACGCAUGGACAUCGUGGACAUACAGUACUGCACUUCAGAGUCACACUGCUAGGACACAGGACACAGGACACAAUGUGAUGUAAAAAAAAAAAAGCAUGCAAACUUGCACUAAAAAUAUCUGCGAAACAGCGAGGUGAAAGGUGAACUGCGUUAUAGCGAGGGACCACUGUAAUUCUGAAGGUAAGUCACAACAUACCCUUCGUAAAUACUAAUGUAUAGAAACCCUUACCAGCAAUCAUUCAUUUUUUGUGUGGCUUUUUUUCACGGUUUGUUAACAUGCUGUGUAGGUGUGUACUUGACUAGCUGAUAUCGACAUAACGGGGAAACAUCUGGUUUGACUAUUCUUCACCUGUAGUUUGAAUGCUGAACAUUUGCCUGUUUAAAUCAUAAGACCAGUCACUAUACAGAGAUGUGCUUCUGAAUGUGGACAAUGUGUCUUCUGAUUCUGUAAUGCAGUUCUGCUUGUGUUGAGUGAUGUAAACAACCGAUGGAUCUAAACUCUUUAAACGUCAAAAUUGAUCAUUAGAUUUUUUAUGACACAACAGUGGUGAGUGUUCCCACCUUCUGCUCUUUGUAACUUAACGCGAUCUUUCCGUUUUCGAGUUUUGGACAUGAUUUUGGAGUAUAUCUUCGCAGUAGCGAUUGACCGCAAAGUAAAGCUACCGGAAAUGUACAACCCCACAUCCGGUCUCAAACCAGGAAGUUAGCAUUUUCUCGUGCACAUAGUCAAUUACGUUCUCUACUGGAGUCCUACAUCAUGGAGGAUGGCAGCAAAGAGGAAGAACCUGGAUAUAAGAAAGUGUUUUUCAAAGAAACCUGUAAGUCACUUAAAGCAAAGUUCACUCAUAAAAUGUGUCUGUCAUAAUAACGUUAUAGGCUAUGCUAGGCUUUGGCCCACAUCAGUCUAAAAUUGUAUGUAUGUGUUUGGCUCCUUCACAUAGUGGACAUUAGGGAUGGGUACCGGUGUCCGGUGCCAUCAUGGCACCGGUUCUGACAUAAACGGUAGUAACCAGACCGAAAAGCAGCGCACAUUUCGGUGCUUUAUUUCGGUGCUUUUUUUUUUCCUGAGCCAAUUCUAGCCAAUCAUUUUACGUUUCCGAGGAUAGUAGGCGGGCCCAGGUACGUACGUUCUUUUAGAGCAGAGCUACAGAUUAAAAAUGCCCAAGACGAAGCGGUCAAAAGUCUGGCUGUACUUCGCAGCAAAAGAUGCAAACUCAGCAGCCUGCAACAAGUGCUUUAAGCUGGUACUGUGAUACUGUCAAAGGAGGUAACACCUCGAAUCCGAUGAAACACCUGGCGACGCAUAGCGUUUUUUUAAAGCCGAGAAAUGCACCGUAUUUGAUAGCUUGCUGUGAGACCUCACACCGUGCACAUCUACUGCGGGUGUGGUGCCUGUUAUCGGACCUGGAGUUAGCAACAUCCCCCAAAAACCCGAAGAGGAGAGUCCUGGCCCCUAGCCCUGCCAGUGUAGCAGAAAUGGUGACGGAUGAUGAUGGCAGCAGCAGCCGUUCUUCUCUGCAGUGCAGAUAUGUCUGCUGCCAGCUGUCUUCUAUCUGAAGAUCAGUUUCUGUGCUCCAUCUGUCUGGAUGUCUUCACUGAUCCAGUCUCCACACCAUGUGGACACAACUUCUGCAAAAACUGCAUCAGUCAACACUGGGAUAUCAGCUACAGGUGUCAGUGUCCUUUGUGUAACAAGUUGUUCAGGAUGAGACCUGAGCUGCACAUCAACACUUUCAUCUCUGAGAUGGUUUCUCAGUUCAGAUGUGAAGCUCAGCAGAAAGUCAGCAGCAGCUCAGAGCAACAAGCUGCCAAACCAGGAGAAGUUCCCUGUGACGUCUGCACUGGAACCAAACUGAGGGCCCUGAAGUCCUGCCUGGUGUGUCUGGCCUCCUACUGUCAGACUCACCUGGAGCCUCAUCUGGCAGCUUCGCGUCUGAAGGGACAUCAGCUGAUCGAUCCUGAGGCGAAGCUGGAAGGCAGGAUAUGUGUGAAGCAUGAUAAACCUCUGGAGCUGUUCUGUAAGACUGAUCAGACAUGUGUCUGCAUGCUCUGCUCUGUUAUAGACCACAGGACUCAUGAGUUUGUUUCUCUGAGAGAAGAAUAUAUAGGAAAGAAGGAAGAACUGGGGAAAACUGAGACUGAAAUUCAGCAGAUGAUCACGAAGAGACGACUGAAAAUUCAGGAGAUCAAAGAGUCAGUGAAGAUGAGUAAAGAUGCUGCAGACAGAGAGAAAGCAGAAGGUGUUCAGGUCUUCACUGCUCUGAAGGAGUCUGUUGACAGACGCCUGAAUGAGUUCAUAAAUGAGAUUGAAGACAAACAAGAAUCAACAGAGAAACAGGCUGAAGGUUUGAUCAAAGAUCUGAAACAGGAAAUCUCUGAGCUGAUGAAGAGAAGCUCAGAGGUGGAGCAGCUCUUACACUCUAAAGACCACCUCCACCUCCUCCAAAGAUUCUCAUCCCUGAAAGCUGCUCCAACCACCAAGGACUGGACAGAGGUCAGUAUCCAUCCACCAUCAUAUGAGGGGACUGUGGUGAGAGCUGUGGUGAGAGCUGUGGAUCAGCUGAAUGCAACACUUGAUGAAGAGUUUGAAGACUUGUUUGAGGCUGAGCUAAAGAGGGUCCAGCAGUAUGCAGUGGAUGUGACUCUUGAUCCUGAUACAGCACAUGCUAAUCUCAUUCUGCCUCAUGAUGGAAAACAAGUACACUGUGGUGAUGAAGAGAAGAGUCUUCCAGACAACCCAGAGAGAUUUUCUAUGUUUCUUUGGGUUUUAGGAAAACAGAGUUUCUCUUCGGGCAGAUUUUACUUUGAGGUUCUUGUUAAAGAAAAGACUGACUGGGCUUUAGGAGUGGCCAGAGAGUCAGUCAACAGGAAGGAAAACAUCACAUUGAGUCCUGAGAAAGGUUACUGGACUGUAGCGAUAUAUGAAAAUAUUUGUGUAGCUCUUGAGGAUUCUGAAGUCCGUCUCCCUCUUCACUCUGGUCUUGAGAAGGUGGGGGUGUUUGUGGAUUAUGAGGAGGGCCUGGUCUCCUUUUAUGAUGUAGAUGAUGCAGCUCUCAUCUACUCCUUCACUGGUUGCUCCUUCACUGAGAAACUCUACCCAUUCUUCUGCCCAGGUGAUAAUGAUGAUGGUAAAAACUCUGCACCUCUGAUCAUCUGUCCUGUCAAUCAAUCAGUCUGAUCUUUUUUUAAUUGUGUAUUAAACCGACACAUAGAAGCCCUAAAAACAAAAUUCAGCAAACUGCAAAUGUUGAUUACUUUAUUUAGAAGAGACCAAGAGGACACUCCUCAGAUGCAUGGCACAGCAAAGGAUAACCAGCUCAUCAGGACCACACUAAGCUGUACAUUUGCACCUGAAGGACAAAAGGAAUUCUUUAGAGAACAUUAAUAUUUCCACUUUGAACUGUGAGGACAGAUGUUUGAAAGAGGAGCCAUCUAUAUUCCAGUGUGAAAGACAGUCACUCACCAGACAUGACAGCAGUUGUCAGGUACUUAAAAUACAGUCUUGAGAUCCAUGCCCACGUGAUUUAUUCCCCACGCACACCUUGAUCCACGUGACCUUAAUAACUCAAAUGAUGUCUGUGAAGGUUCUCAGUCAUCCAGGUCUGCAUCUAAAGGACAAAGGACACUCUUUCAAGGAUGCCAAUGUUCACAUUUUGGACAGAGAAGACAGACGGUUUGAAAGAGGAGUGAAAGAAGCCAUUUAUGUCCACUGUGAACAACCAUCUUUGAACAGAGGCGGUGGUUUACGACACCAACUGUCUGCCAUCUAUAUUCCAGUUUUGAGAUCCCUUCCCAGACACCUUAACACCCACUCACAUCUUGGGCUAUCUGCCCUCAGGAAAUCAUAUGAUAGGGUGGGGCUAGGUUUCACAACGAGUUCACCCGAAACCUUGGCUGAUUGUGUUCUACACCAUUUUCACACCUUGGCUCAUGUGAUUAGGUAGAGGAUCAUCCGGGGUCCAUUGUCCCUCUCGGUGGGUUACUCCCACAGGGCUUAAAUCUGGGACUCUCCACCAUUUGACCCUAGAACUGAAGAAGCUUCUCGGAUGAGAGGUGAAACAUCUUCAACUAACUUAAAGAAGUCCAGACGCUUUUCUUUCCAAACUCAAAUGAUGACAGAUUAAGUGAAAAAAUCUCAGAGCCACAUCCAAGAUGCUCUUAGGUGCCUUCAAGUCAAGUUCCAUGACCUGCAUGAAUGAGGACCUACACAGAAAGAGUUUUCUGAUGACACCUUUCUACUAAAAUUUGAUUGAUUUUUUUUUUCAUUUGUAAUAGACCAUGUUAUCCAUCCAUCCAUCUUCUUCCGCUUAUCCGGGGCCGGGUCGCAGCCUAAGCAGAGAAGCCCAGACCUCCUCUCCCAAGCCACCUCCUCCAGCUUGUCUGGGAGAA